AUGUCACAAUUACUGGCCACUUCUAUGCUCUGUAGCUUCACUCCACCAGCAUCUCCAACUACAUUUUCUGGUACCAUGAAGUGGCUCAAACGUACGCCCUCAACCGUUCCUUUACCGCCCUCGCCUACGAAAUCGCACGAGUGUUCAGACAGCGAUUCGAUUUUAUCAGCAGAGCCACUGGUCUUGACCGAGUCGAAUUUCACAAAGGUCUUCAAAUCUUUACACGCGAGAUCUAGUACUCUAUCAUUACGACAUAAGCCUAGCUCAAUGUCUCUCUCAACAAGUUCAGUGGACGGUUCACAGCGUGAAGCCUCAAGAUGGCUGUUUAGGCCAUCACCGAUACGCGCUGCAACCUUUGCUCUCCCUGCGACAGAGCUGGGAGACCAUUUUGCGCGUUCAUUACCGACAUACAAAGAGAAGCAAGCAGAACUCCGCCGAAGGCGCGAGGCGAGUAAGCAGCGUGUCAAUAGAAUGCGCGCAUACCUAGGGGCUGAGAUGCCUAAGACGAUGGUGCAAGGGGUCGACGAUCUAUUCACUACGAUUCAAGGAACUGAAACUUCACACCGACGCAUCGACAGCGGAUUCCAGGAACACAACGAUAGCGAAGUUUUCCACGAGUUUCAGAAGCCGGACACCUCCAACAUAUCCGAACUCUUGGAAGAUGAAUUGCCCAUGCUUCCUCCACUGGGAGAGGACUUCCUCUACUACGCCCUGACACGCAUACGAGCUCGGGAUAUGCGCGAGUUUGAAUGCGUAGCCUGUUCCAAGACUCACAGCAACUCAUCGCAGGAAAGGCGAGCCGUAGCGUGGAUACUGCACGGCUGCAAGCACUUUGUGCACGAUGCAUGUCUUGACAAGCUGCGUGAGAAUGAAGCCGCGUGCAGGACUCACGGAUGCUUCAACUGUGAGGCCCUGAAGCGCAUGAUGGUGCGCCAUACCACCGAGGAGAUGAUAUUACGGCAUAAACGCCUAUUGGAAGUGACGCAGAGCUGUUGA